UGCUGUGUCCCCCCCCCUUUGCAGGUCCUCUGGCCGUCCCUGCUGGGCUUUGUGACCCCCGUGGCCUUGACCCCCGCCCUGCCCCCCCUCUGCAAGAGCCUCCUGGCCUUGGCUGCCCAGAAGCAGGAGCAGGGAGACUCCCAGCAGCAGCUCCUCUACGACCCGGGGGGAAACCUCCCGUCCCCACAGGCUCUGAUGUCUCGGCUGCUGAUCGUGGCCUCCCAGCCCUUCCUGGGGGGGCCCCGUGGGGCGGGGGCCCUGCGCCUGCUGCUAGUCCUGCGCCUGAGCAUCCACCCGGCCGCCGAGCCCCUCUGGACCAGCAGCCUCCCUGCUCUGCUGCAGCACCUGGAAGCCACCACGGAGGCCUCCCUGUCUCUGAAGGACUGGCAGGACCAGCUGCUCCAGUUCCUCCAGAAGACCCUGGACGCCAUUGUGGACGCGCCCUGGACUGCCCAGCUGGUCUCGGAAAUGUGCAGGCAGCUGAGUGGCUACAACGGCCUCUCUCCGGAGAAGAACUUCCUCUACAAGGCCAUCGGGGUGAGCCUGGCCGCUUGUGCCAACAAGGACUUGGUGCGGAAACAGCUUCAGGAGCUGCUGGAGACGGCGCGAUACCAGGAGGAGGCGGAACGGGAG